UGAAAGGUUAUAAUAAUAUCGACAAUGUAUUUGAUGUCCGGAUGGCCGCAAACAUUGGCCAACACCAGCCGUGUACACCAAGUAGUGGCCAAUACCGACCGGACAUUGUUUGCCACAUUGACCGCUGAUGAACUGGCCAUUUGGUACUAUCGACCGUCGGUCAAGAUUGUCGGCCAUCGACGAGACGCUGCUUCGGUCGAUUCGUUGGGCGCCAAUCUGGCGCUUGUCUGGCGGCCCGAUUCGACACUAAUUGUUGUCCAAACUGACAAACACUUUCUUCUCUAUUACGAUGUCCGACAAAAACAAUCGCCGGAUCAGCUAUUGCUACGCACUCCCAUCAAUUUUUCAUCGCUAUCGUUGAUGAGCCAACAAAUACCAUCGCUGGUACUCAUACUGUCCUCAUCGACACACAUAUCAUCGGGCAUUAUGUGUUUGAUGGCGGCUGAAGAAGAGAUAGUGUUGGCCACGAAAAAUGGAGAGCUGUGUGGUGUCAAUUGGGACGGAACUAUUGACCAAUCGUUUAUCUGGAAACUGACAUCGAAAUCAUUGUCGGCCACCGACGACAUCAAUGUGAUUGAUAUAAAAUACUCGUCAAUGAUCGGCGGCUUUGCCCUAGUGUUCAGCUGCGGUCGGCCAGCAUUUAUGCCACUACACCAUUCGUCGCCGAGCGAACCGACAACACCCGACGUUAUGGCCGGUAGUCCGCCACAGUUUGAGUUCAAUUCGAUGAUCCAAUUUGUUGCCGACGUCGACAAUGCCUGCUGCUGUGCGAUUAACCAUAAAUACCAAUUGCUGGCCUACGGACUGGCCAAUACCGACGGUGUUGUUUGUUGUUUAGACGACACACAAAAUGCUAUUAUAGUAACUCACAGACUAAUACUCUCUGCCGAUACAUUUCCCGAUGCUAGCUCACGAGCCGGUGCCAUGACUUGUAUUCAAUGGACACCCGAUUCUACUGUAUUGGCCACUGCCUGGCAAAAAGGAGGCUUCGCUUUGUGGUCAGUCUUCGGCGCUCUGCUGUCGUGCAGUUUUUCCUGGCAUUUGUCGCCAACCGAUACAUUCAAAUCCACUCAUUUUAUAGUUAGUUCAAUGACUUUUGGCAAAGAAGGAUAUCAUCUAUGGUUAGCCACUAAAAGUGUCAAUAAUAAUAAUAAUAAUACAGACAGUAGUAACGGUAGUAGUAGUAAUAGUGAGGACUGUCUAUUAAAUGGUGUAUCUAAGCUACCGAUGGUUAAGAGUAUCAUUGCAUCCAAUCCCAGUUCAUCCAUAAGAGAAGAAUUUGUUUUACUAAUAUCUGAAGAUCGACUGUUCAUUGGUUUCGGUGCCGUUAAUGUCAAUCAAGAUAAUAAUAAUAAACUAUCGCCACCGAUCAACAACAAUGAUUUUAUUGAUAAUUAUAGUACCGGUAAUAAUGCCAAUAAUAUUGCCGAUGAUAUAAUGCCAUCGACUAAUUGUUCAGGUAAAAUAUUUUGUGAACAACAACCGAUUGCUGUCGGCAAUCUCCAGUGGAUUAUAACAAAUAUGCCUCAAAGAUAUCUACUGACCAAUUGGCCGAUCAGAUACGCGGCCAUCGAUGAUAUGAACCAACACAUUGCUAUUGCCGGACGUACCGGUUUAGCUCAUUAUUCAAUGGCGCAGAGAAAAUGGAAAUUAUUUGGCAAUGAAACUCAAGAAAAAGAUUUUGAAGUUUGCGGUGGACUUCUGUGGUGUUUGGAUCACAUUGUGGUCAGUUGUUAUAAUAUGAUGGACGCCCGCUACGAACUGAGAACCUAUUAUCAUAAACACAAACUGGACAACCAGUUUGCCCGUAUCAUCAAAGUGGACAACGAAGUACUGGUUAUGUCGUUGAUGAAUACAAAUCUGCUGACUUAUCUCAUCGAUGGUAGUAUACAUCUAUACGAACUGGUCAACCACUACGAUAGCUAUAUGUCAUCACUGCAUAUAAUAUAUAAAACUGAAAUUUUGGUCAACAAUCUAAUAGUACCGCCCGAAUGUGUAACACUAUUAGUGUUAACCAAAUUACAAACAGAAUCAUCCAAAGAGCAGCUAUCGAUACUAAUGAAUAUUUGCGGUCGACUUUUACUACUAGAAAGAGAUGCCGAUAGUCAACAAUUAUCGACACUGAAUAGUAGUAGUAGUACUAGUAGUAGUAGUAAUAGCAAUAGUUAUAAUAAUAGCAAUAAUAAUGAUAACAAUAAUAUUAUUGAUAGUAAUAAUAGACAAAACAUGAGCCGUGAGCCGCCAAAAGAUCAGAAAAUGUUUUAUAAAAAAGUUUCAAUACUAGCGUCGGGUGUGGAAAAUGUUUGGCUAUCAAACAUAAAUGGCAAAUCAGAUCGGCCACAUCUAACCGAAUCCUUAUAUAUAUCGUGCGGUUGUCACGGUAUGGCCGUCUGGUUGCCAUUGUUGCCGCUGCCCGAACAGCAGACCACUAGCCAUAGUUUUAUGUCCAAACGAAUUAUGCUACCGAUUGCCACACAUAUAUAUCCGUUGGCCAUCUUAUUCCGCGAUGCCGUUAUGUUGGGCGCCGAAAAUGAUACAGUUUUGGGCUCAAAACACCUGCCAAUUGCACUGCCAUUUUCCGUUAUCUCCCGUACCAGUCAAGUAUAUUUGCAUCAUAUACUACGUGAACUGUUGCGCCGUAAUCUAGGUCUACACGCUUGGGAAGUGGCCAACAGUUGUUCAAAUUUACCAUAUUUUCCACAUUCUCUGGAACUGUUGCUUCACGAGGUACUCGAAGAAGAAGCUACAAGUUCGCAACCGAUUCCCGACGCACUGUUGCCCCGAGUUGUCGACUUUAUCCGAGAGUUUCCCGUUUUCUUGCAAACGAUAGUCCACUGCGCCCGCAAAACCGAGUUAGCUCUUUGGCCGCAUUUGUUUUCCAUUGUUGGCAAUCCUAAAGACUUAUUUCAAAAAUGUCUAUCUGAGGGACAGUUGGAAACGGCUGCCUCUUAUAUAAUUGUUUUGCAAAAUAUGGAAAAAACAUCGGUAUCCCGACAGUACGCUACACUAUUGUUAGACGCGGCCCGCAAUUCCGGUUGUCUAACUGUUGUCAAAGAUUUGGCCAGAUUUUUGCGUGCCAUUGACCAAUCGGAAUCGGAAAGCGGAGCACACGGCGGCCGUACGUCGACCAGUUCGAUGAAUGGACCACUUUUAUCAUCGCAACUAUCAACCGAUUCGAUGGGCGAUAGUUAUGCUACACAUGUGUCGCUUCAAAAAUCAGGCGCUGGUAGGGGAGAUACCGAUGCUGAUGAUGAAGUACUACAUCAUCAUCAACAACAACAACAUCAACAGCAGCAACAAUACAAUAUGAAACAAAUAAAUGGUGAUAAUCACAAUAGUGUUGGCGGUGGUGUUGGUAGCGGUAGUAGCGCUGGUGGUGGUGGUGUCGGUGGAGGCAAUAAUACGUCACUACUAGUAUCGCGAUUGAAUAGCAUUAAGAUCAGUGCCUUUCCGGGAACAACGACCAGAUUAACUGAUUAUAAUAAUACUAGUGAUGUUUCAUAUAAUUUCAAAUUAAACACUACUACUACUACUAGUAGUAGUAAUACCGGUAUCGGUAAUACCGGAGCUCAUACUACGGCUGACACCAAAUUAUAUGAUCAAAAUGUAAUUGGUCGUUCUAAUCAAUAAAUGAUUACCAAUGAUGACCUCAAAAUUUAGAGCUGGAUUAACUUAAUUAACC